UACUUUGUAUAACCACAUGUUGCUGUGCUGAAUAUAUUGCUGCCAAGGUUGCUGCCUAGUGUCCACUGUCCUUCUCUGUUUUUGUUUAGUUCCUCUGUGAAAAGCCAGAGACAUUGAAUUAAUAGUUUCUCUCCCCACCUCUGAUAGCUGGCAUUUGCCACAUACUCUAGAGGAAAGAAAAAAGGGAUGGAAAAGAAAUAGAAGCGAAAAGGACAUAUUUCAUGAAAAGUGGGUACCCAAAAGACAGAAAUCAUCAUCUCACCCCCAGUUUACACAAAUGAAAGAAACUCACCAUGCCAGGCCUGAUCAACAAGGGGAGUCAGAAUGCUCUGCCUCUCAGUGUCUGCGAGAUCACUUCCUGUGUCAGAGGUUACACCCUGGCCCUGACAGCAUCCAUGACCUACAAUAACUUCGAGGAUAAUCCUAUUGAGGGUGUCUUCAUUUACCCGCUGGAAGAAUGCUCUACUGUGGUGGGAUUUGAAGCUAUGAUCUCCAACCAGAUAAUAACUGUGCAAAUCAAAGACAAGUCCAAGAUUGAUGACUGUUACUUUGAUUGCUGCACUCCAACUAAUGGUGCCCUUCAGAGUGGCAGUGGACAUAUUGUGCUGGAUGAGGACUUGGAGAGGACAGUGUUGGUGGUGAACCUAGGGGUCAUCCCCCCUCUGGAGACAGUCAACGUGUUGGUCAGCACCUCCUCUGAGCUGCCCACCCUGCCCAACGGGGGUAUCCGGGUCACCUCACCCACCGUGUGCACCCCCAGGGUCCAGAGGACCAUCAACGAGGAGCAGGGACUCUCCCCAAACUUCCACAACAGAGCGAGGGACAGCAGGCAUAAUUGUGCCCUGGAUCCAAAUAAGCAGACUCCUAUCACCCCCCAGCUGUACAUGGCCCAGCUGCUGGAGGAAGAGGCCAUCAACUCCAUUGACUAUGAGUUUAGCUUCCAGCUGGAGAUCAGAGCCCCGUAUCUCCUUGCAGGUGUGGAAAGCCCCUCUCAUGCCAUCCGGGCCGACGCAGACCCCCUGGCCCGCUCAGCUACCAGCGUCGUCAUCACACUGGCUGACAAGUACACUUACGACUGCCCUGUGGAGAUCAUCAUCUACCCCAGUGAUCCUCAUCUGCCUCUUGUGCUGAUUGAGGAUGGAGACAUGACACUGGAGGAGUACGAUGAAUACCUCACAGGGAAGAGUGACUACAUCAAGGCCAUCAAGAAGGACUCCAGUAAUGAAAAUAAAGUGGAUAUCAUUCGUAAGCGUCUCCACAAGGACAUCCUCCACAACCCUGCGGUUAUGCUCAACUUCUGCCCAGACCUCAAGUCCAUGACCUCUGACCUGAGGAAGGUGCAUGGAGAGUUUAUCUUCCUCAUCGACCGCAGUGGGAGCAUGAGCGGGGUCAACAUCAGCUGUGUCAAGGAUGCCAUGGUGGUGAUCCUGAAGAGCAUUGUGCCUGCCAGCCUCUUCAACAUCAUCGGCUUUGGCUCCACAUUCAAAACACUGUUUUCUACCAGUCAGAGCUAUGAUGAGGAAACAGUAACCAUGGCUUGUGAGUACAUCAGGAAGAUCCGAGCUGACAUGGGUGGCACUAACAUCCUGGCACCACUCAACUGGAUCCUGAGGCAGCCCAUGCACGCGGGUCAUCCACGCAUGCUCUUCCUGCUCACAGAUGGGGCCGUCAGCAACACAGGGAAGGUCAUCGAGCUGGUCCGCAGCCAUGCCCGCUACACCAGGUGCUUCACUUUCGGCAUCGGUCAGAGUGCUUGCAGGAGACUGGUGACUGGACUGGCUACUGUUUCCAAAGGAACGGCAGAGUUCUUGGCAGAAGGGGAGAGACUGCAGCCCAAGAUGAUCAAGUCUCUGAAGAAGACCAUGGCCCCAGUGCUGAGUGACAUUGCCAUCGACUGGUUGUUCCCUGAGACCAAGGAAGUGUUGCUCUCCCCUGUAGGCUCCACCUUCCUGUUCCCUGGGGACCGUCUGAUUGGCUACAGUGUUGUCUGUGACACCACACGCUACCAUCCCAACCCCAAGUCUGAUAAGAGGAAGCACUACAGUAUGAUGCGUUCCAAUGACUCAGCCAGCUCCGUGUUCUACCACUCCCAAGAGGAGGACCCAGGGACGACUACAGGCUUCUCUGACUGUCAGGGAACCCACAGGGACAUACACUCCAGCCCUCUGUUUGACUCCUACCAAGACUCCAUGUCAGAGAGCAGCCCUGGCCCCACAAAGCAUAACGCCAUGGGAAUGGACAGUAAAACAUCACCUAGAAGACGUGGGUAUAGCACCAACCAGAUAGUGGACUACAACCCCAACAUGAAGAAGACCUACACUCCCAGUGACCCCAGCUCUGUAGAGGGGAAGAACACGCUGAGGAGAGCUAAGGUCCAGGAGCUGAAUGGACAGACCAGCCCUGACUAUGGAGCACAGUGGAAGACUGAAUACCAGCCACAGCUGGUGAGCCUGUGUGCCACAUCUGCCACUGCCUUCAGGGGGUGCUCUACCAACGGGGCUUCUCAUAGGCCCUCCCCCCAGCAGGAGGGGGCUCCCCAGGAGGCGGAGCCAGAGCAGGCCCACUCCCCCGGCUCCAAGCUGCAGGCCAGAGCCACCAGGAGCUGGGCUUAUACAGAGCACGCCUUAGGAGGAGCCAGGAGCACCGUUGGGGAGGACGGCUCGUCCUCCACUGACCCCUCUGUCAGCAGCUUCGGAGACGCAGACUGCUACCCUAAUCAGCUGUGUGAGAUAGAAACCCCCCAGGGGCCUCCAUCCACCCCAGACCUGAUCUCAGCCCCUCAGGACAGGGACGUGGGGAAGGGGUUCUGUAAGGCUGUGGUGUCUGGCCUGCUCUGUGGGAAGCCAGUCAAGUGGCAGGUGACCUUUGACAUAAAGCCCUACCUGAAGGGCAGAGAGCGGGAAGAGAAGGUUCACGAGGAACUCUGGAAUGAAACGUUCCAUCACCUGGCUGGACGUUCCAUCAUUCAGGACUUUGAGCACAUGGUAGAUCAGGAGUGUGAGAUUGAGCAUGGUUCUGGCAGAAGAUACCGGUUAUAUGCCAUUCACACCAGCAAGGCCUGUAACAUUCUCAGUAAAUACACUGCCUUUGUGCCCGUUGAUCUGGACACUAAUGAAUAUCUACAGACCUCUAUCGACUACAUCAACACAGGUCUGAAAAGGGGCUCUCGCUCUGGGAACAGGAAGAACCGGGGUUACUCUAUCGGACUGGGACGCUCCCAGUCUGGCCGCUUGUCAGAGGAGGCUGAGGACGGACACCUGCCCACCAGUUUGGAAGAUGGGGCCUCUCCAUGUAGCACCCCCUCAUCCUCUGCCUGGGAAAGAUGCCGCUUUACAGAUGCCUCUCAGAGGAGCCCGUCGGUGACCUCAGACCAGAAGUCGGCGGAGAGCCUCUUCUCAGCCAAGCUGACUCUCAACCGGACGAGACUCCUGACCCGGGCCGCCAGGGGCUUCAUGUUUCGCUCACACAGCAAAACCAGCGACUCUGUGGGGGAGAGUGAGAACGAGAACAAAGACUACAUUCCUCUGGUGUCCUUACAGUUGGCAUGUGGUGCGUUCUGCCUGGACAGCGCUCUGUGUGAGGCCAUCAACGUGCCCAUGGACAAGCUGAAGUGGACGUCUCCCUUCACCAGCCACCGGGUCAGUCUGGGUCACCACGUCUCCCACUCAGCCAGCCGCCGCUCAAACAGCAGCGCUGCAGACGACAGCAGCGCUGCAGACGACAGCCACAGUUCCACCUCUCCAUCUCCGUUUGAGAGCUCAGCUAAGGAGCCGGAAACCAGCCUGGCAGGCCACCACCAGCACCAGCCUGGAGACCUGGUCGUCAGCAGCUACAGACAGGGGGGGCACAGCCCCUCUCACCUGGCCAGGAGUCCACGGACUGAGAGUUGGCCUGGGUCUUCUCCUUCCUUCCUGGGCAGCCCCUCCACCCCUACCUCCUCCACCUACGCCGAGCACCCUCUCUCCCCUCACUCCCAGUCAGACAGCGGAAGGGGCUCGGAGUCGGAGAGCGUGGAAACCCCCCCAGCAGCGCCCCCUGGUGGCCUGGGGUCCAGGAAGAGGCUGAAUACGGAGGGCAUGGUGUGGGCCACGGCUGUAUCCCUGGCCUGGCUGGAGCACAGCUCGGCCAGCUACUUCAUAGAGUGGGAGCUGAUAGCCGCUAAGGCUAGCAUGUGGCUCAGUGCCCAGACCAUCCCUGAAGGAAAGGACUUAGCCUCGGUCAAGUCUGCUGCCAACCAGCUCUUUAUCAUCCUCAGACACUGGGACGAGAACCUGCAGCUCAAUAUGCUCUGCUACAACCCCAACAGUGUCUGAGGCUGAUUGCAUCGCAGGCACCGUCCUCCAUCCGGACAUAUCCAACCAUACUAUGCUAACUGACUAACGCUUUAUUUACUACUAUUUAUUUUUUGCCAUUUUGAGUAUUGCCGGAUUUGUUAGUGCAGCUAUUGUGAGCAUUGUGUAGAUGAAUUGAUUCUGUUAUGAUAACUUCUAAACAUGUCAGAGGCUUCCCAGAGGCACAAACUUGCUUGUUGUCUCCCUUUGGGUGGAUACAUUCACCAGCUAUGGGUCUGAUUAAACAUGAUUCUAUUCACAUGGUGAAGGAAAUCAGAAGUGUAAGAGUAAACGUACAUAUUAGAAAAAAUAUACGUUUAUGAAAAUAUAUGUAUUGUUUUAUUUAUGUUUAAUAUUUCCAUCAUAUUGAUGUCCAAUGAUGAGAGAAUAUGCCAUAACAAUUCCCAUGAGACUUUUCCAAUUAUUUAUAUUGCACGUAAUGUGUUUGAUCGUCACAAUCAUUUCAAAAUCAAUAUUGUGAUAUAUGAACAUUUGCCUGGUCCCAGAUCUGUUUGUGCUGUCUUGCCAACUAUGGCCAAUUCCUCUUCUCAUGUUUGAUGUCUUCGUAUUGGUUCAGAGACCGUCCUUUUAUCGCUGUUUAUUUUGUAUUCAUCAGCCAUAAGUGCCUAACAAUGAUUAAACACAAACAAAGAUUGGUUAUCAGAAAUACGUAUUUAGAUGUUUCUCUGCUGUUAUUUCUCUGCUGUUAUCGUUUGAUAUCAAAUGUGUUUCCAUAUAAAAAAUGCUCAGCGUGUUUUCUUUUGUAGGUGUUCUGAAUAAUGUGAUCGAAACUUUCAAUUUGGAUGAAAGAAAUGUGAGUUUUUCUUUCCUUUGUCCUUUCCUUUCCCUUGUCCUUUCCUUUCCUUUGUCCUUUCCUUUGUC